AUGCAACUAGCUUCACAUGGGGCCAGGGCAGCAGCCCGCCAGGCCCCAUCAGGGGCUCGUGGACUACAUGUACCACCCGCUUUCAGGCUUCCUAGAACAACUCUCAGUCAAAGACUAUUGACACAAACCCGCACUCUCCUCUCCCGCUUUGUGGGGCACCUCACAGCUCCUGGAAUUGGUACAAACACCGCUUCUGUCGCUCGAUCGUUUCAUGCGGCCAACCCUUCUAUUCACCAACGAUUGUCUUUUGGGGCGCGUCAUGCCCUGUCAAGACCUUUGCAGCCGACAUUCCUCCCAAGAGCACCAGUUGUCCAGAGGACGGUCGCUCAAGUUGGAUUGGGUACCGCAAGGAAGUUUUCAACUGGCCAGCCCAUCUUCCAACAUCUCGCCGAAAAUGUGCCCGUUGUUGGUCGUGCUUUCUACGAGGCAGAUUGGGACCUCAAAAUGCGCCAGGAGAUGAACGCAAUGCGUCUUCCAUCGAAGAAAUCGUCUACAAAGAAGACCAAUGAGAUGGCAAAGCCACUUUCCAAGCCCAAGACGAUCAUUGCGGAUAAACAGGACGAGAUGGAGAUUUACUUUGCUACUCCCGUUAUUCCUGCAAUUACGACUUACCUUCUUGUCCCACUCGCCCCUACCCCGACUUCUCGUGCGCCGCUCCCCGAGUUCCCCGCUGGUCGUCUUCCUCUUCGAUCCCUGCUCGAUAUCCACGACUCGCAUGAAACCCACUCUCUUCGUGUCUCUUCGCUGUUCCACCGUCUGGAUAUAGCAGAUGUUUGGACUCGUGGGGCGGUGUGUUCUGCUUACUCAUCGAGCUCUGGACCAGACGGAGUGUGCACUGUUCUCAAAAUCGAGUUCGUGGGGUGGAGCAAGGCUGCGGUUCGUGGUGUUAUUGGAGAGAGCGGGACGGGUUGGUGUAUUCUUGAGGAGCAUAUUGGACAACUUCCCGUUGACGACGACGAAGAACUUUCCGAAACAUCGUCCAUUCUUUCUAUUGACGUAUAUUCCGAGUCGCCUGUCUCGCUAGUCUCCCCGCCCCCCGAGCCAGUUUCCGACCCAACACACUCCCUGGUAUUGCCCACCUUGGACUUUUCUUCCUCCUUCCGAGGGUCUUGGUUGGCUUCGUCUGCUAUCGCCACUCCCGAGUUUGAAUACUCUCAUUCUAACAACUCGUCCGAGUGGUCUGACGUCAGCCCUGUCUCGGAGACGGAAUGGUUCAGCAACAACGAUAACAAUCCAUGGCUCUCAUCCGAGAACUUGAGUGAUGGCUCCGAUUCAUCGAGUUCUAGUUGGCUGGGAUUCAGUGCUGACUUUGGAAGACGCCAGGCUGAAGUGCGAGGUGUACCAGAGCCAAUGGAAAGCGCGUUUGCUUAA